AUGUACCGUGACAAUGCAGCGCAGAACUUUCUUUUCCUUUCGCUUUUCUUCUUUUCUUUUUUAUUUCGUCUUUUCUUUCUUUCUCUCCAUUUUUUUCUUUCUUUCCUUUUUUUUUAUGUAUCUUUCUUCCUCUCUUUUUUUUUUUCUUUCUUUCUCUGUUGUAUCUUUCUUUCUCCGGUGUCUUUUCCUUUCUUAAUUUUUUCUGUUUUUUUCUUCUUUUCCCUUCCUUUUUGUCUUUCUUUCUUCUUUUCUUCCUCUUUUUCUUAUUGCUUUUCUUUUCUCUCUUUCGCAUCCAUUCUGCCUUUCUCUCUUCCUUUUUCUUCUUCUUCUGUUUUUCUUCAUGCAUUGUGCCUUUCUUUCUUUCUUUCUUUCUUUCUUUCUUUUUCUUCCUCCGUAUUUUCUUCUAGCAUUCUGCCUUUCUUUCUUUCUUUCUUUUCUUCCUCCCAUUCUGCUUUCUUUCUUUCUUUCUUUUUUUUUCUUCCUCCGUAUUUUCUUCUAGCAUUCUGCCCUUCUUUCUUUCUUUCUUUUUCUUCCUCCCAUUCUGCCUUUCUUUCUUUCUUUCUUUUUCUUCCUCCGUAUUUUCUUCUAGCAUUCUGCCCUUCUUUCUUUCUUUCUUUUUCUUCCUCCGUAUUUUCUUCUAGCAUUCUGCCUUUCUUUCUUUCUUUUUCUUCCUCCGUAUUUUCUUCUAGCAUUCUGCCUUUCUUUCUUUCUUUUUCUUCCUCCGUAUUUUCUUCUAGUAUUCUGCCUUUCUUUCUUUCUUUCUUUCUUUCUUUUUCUUCCUCCGUAUUUUCUUCUAGCAUUCUGCCUUUCUUUCUUUCUUUCUUUUUCUUCCUCCUAUUUUCUUUUCUUUCCUUUCCUUUCUUUUUUUUCCGUAUUUUCUUCUUGCAUUCUGCCUUUCUUUCUUUCUUUCUUUUUCUUCCUCCAUAUUUUCUUCUAGCAUUCUGCCUUUCUUUCUUUCUUUUUCUUCCUCCGUAUUUUCUUCUAGCAUUCUGCCUUUCUUUCUUUCUUUCCUUCUUUCUUUUUCUUCCUCCGUAUUUUCUUCUUGUAUUCUGCCCUUCUUUCUUUCUUACUUUCUUUCCUACUUUUAUUUUCUUUAUUUCUUUCUCUGCUUUUUGCUUUCUAUCUUUCUUUCUUUUCAAUUUCAACAUUUCUCUUCUUUUUUCUUUGUUUUCUUUCUUCCUCCGUUUUUCUUCUUGUAUUGUGCCUUUCCUUUUUUCUUUCUUUCUUACUCACUCCCUUUCUUUCUUUCUUUACUUCUUUUAUAUUCUUUAUUUCUUUCCCUUCUUUUUUUCUUUUCUGUCUUUAUUUCUUUUCAUUUCAACAUUUCCCUUCCGUUCUUCUAUAUUUUACCAUUUUUUUCCAUUCUAA